GAUGUGUAGUGUGUAGUGUGUAGAUUUGAAAUGUGAAAAACGAAAGUUUGGUUGAGUAGCAGACCGCAUCUGGAUGAUUGUAUUGGUCUCCAUGUGUAUAAGAAAGUGAUAUUUGAUAAGUUGAGAACAUUAUUACUGACUAUGCUGCUAAUGAAGUAUAUCUAUUAGCUGUGCCAUGCGAGUUAUUUGUGCUGUUCUUUCUGAAGAGAGGUUAUGUUCAAAGUUAUGGUUGUGUUUUCAAAAAGUUUGAGAAGAAUGAAAAAAAUCAUCACCGCGCCCGCGUUGUGUAUACUUUACUGUUAGCAUGAUGUAUAUGACUCGUAAUUUGACAGUGUACAGUUAAUAUAAUUGCAAUACAAUGAAUGGACAAGGUUUGGAAGAAAGCUCUGACAUCUAUAGAUCGUUUGGCUUUUUUGGUGGUUACAGACAUGCUCCCUUCACAAAGGAAUACAGCUCUAUCAAUUGAAGACAUCAUCAGACAAGUUUCGCCAAUAUAAAUAUCUACCGCAAGCGAAUGAUUGGUUUCCUCAAGUGCUGCGUUUAGAAUAUUACAACACAGAGAUGUAUGCAAAGAGUUGCAAUCGACUCCAACUGCCAGGAAGUUAUAUGGAAUAGAUCAUUGCCACUCUAGGAGUAAUUCUAGAGUACAGCUAAAGUAUGGUACCUCAUAACACCCCAAUCAUCAUCAUCUCUUGGCACCAUUCGUCAAUGAACAUCCGUGGGUAUGAUGGA